AUGAACUUCAGUAUCGAAGAGUACUAUUCCAUCCUAAUUGAAAUUUUGAAAUCCGCUGAUGAGGAAGAUAUACCAAGCCAAGCACUAAUUGAUGCUUGGAGGAUAACAGAGAUCUACGUUCAGCCGGUUAUCUGUGUGAUAGGGUUUCUCGGUAACCUUACUGCGGCACGUGUCUUCACCUCAAAGAACCUUCGUCUGAAUUCCUCCAAUCUGUACCUGGCGUUUUUGUCCUGUUUCACCAGUGUCUACAUGCUGUUAGUUCUGCUGUCAUGGUUAGCUGUGGUAAAUGUUCCAGUCAUAAAUCAAAAUAGAAUUUGUCAACUGGUCGUAUUUCUGACCUAUGUCUGCAGUUUUAUGACGGUUUGGUUGAUUGCUGUAAUCACCUUUGAACAUUAUGUCAUUGUCCACCAUAUCAGAGCAGCCAGGUUCGUAUGUAAACGUCGAAAGGCUAAAAUUCUUGUUUCUUGCCUUAUCGCCACUUCUCUUCUUCUAUACUCUACGACACUAUGGUCCACACGAGUGGAACAAAGGUCCAACAUGCUAGUCUGUACACCAGGAAGUGACCAGCGAGCCCUGCUGACACGAUUGGUGUUCUUCAUUGACAUGGUAGUCACCUUCUUGCUACCAGGAAUAAUUACAAUAACUAUCAUUUGUGCAUGUGUUGGUAGACAUCUUCUUAUGAAAGAUAUCAGAGUCUCGUUCUUUAGAUAUCAUUCAAAUAUCAGGAUAUCAAGACGAGAGAGGUCCCUCCUCCGAAUAGCUCGUGUUCUCUUGUUGAUCAGUCUGUCCCAUGUGGUGUUCAGCAGUCCAUGUUUUAUAUUUAGACUCUGCUACCAGAUCUCGUUCUUGUUAAAUGAAGAAGACUCAUCUAAUUUACAGGAUUAUUAUAUCAAUCAAAUUCUUCAGAAUAUGUACUAUUUUUCAUUUACAGCGAACUUUAUAGUUUAUAUUGCUUUUUGUGCAAACUUUCGUCUUGGAUUGAAGAGUAUCUUUACAUUUCGGAGAUUUAAAUGCUCCCAGCAUAGUGUAUCCGAAACAACAUAA